AUGGAUCAACGGCAGCAUAAUCAGUUCAUCUGCAAGAACAACAACAACAACAACCAAUCAUGUUCAAAUUGGUGGGUCUCCUAUUUUUUUUUUAGUAAAUUCAAUAAACUAAUUUGUUUCUUUCGCUUUCAGAUCGUUCUUUCUGCUCUUGUAGCUGUUGCCGUCGCCGCCCCAGGUGGUUUGGUCGCUCACAGCGUGGUUGUACCAGCCGUCCAUGCCCAUUCCGUGGUUCACACUCCGGUGGUUCAUGCUCCGGUGAUCGUGAAGACUCCAGUGGUACAUGCACCAGUUGUCCAUGCUCCAAUCGUGCACGCUGUCCACACUCCGGUCGUACACGCUGUCCACACUCCAGUCGUUGUUAAGGCCGCUGUACCAGUCGUAGCUACCACCCAUGUGUCUCACUCUUCUCACGUCAUCCACCACAAGACCCCAGUUGUACCAGUCGUCCACGCCGUUCCAGUCGUCCACAAAGCCGUGCACGCUCCAGUAAUCGCCGUCCACCAUUAA